CCUUUUGUUGAAUCUGUCUUCCUUUUCGUUGGUGGGCCGUUCAUUCUCUUGUUGAAUCUGUCAUUCAUUCACACCCCUGUAAUGAGUGAGUGAGGAAGUCCCUGUACACAGUACAGAAGAGUCCCACACCGUUCACAAAGGACACAAACGUGAAACUGUAACCUGCAACUACCUCUGCACACCGCACACAUGCACCACCACACCAUUCCAGACCGACCAAGACCCCGGGUCAGGCCCUUUACCAGCCACCCGGAACGGAUUUAGUCGGUCAGGAGACAGCCGCCUUCUCUACCAAGGAUCUCGACCCUCGUGAUUUCCAAAUCCGCCCUUGCUUGCUUUCAAGCAGCCUCGGCCCAGGAUGCGUCCCGGUCUCAGUCCAAGGCUGUCCCUCUCCCUCCGUCCACAACAUGCCACCACCCUCACCGCCCGGCCCUUCUCCCAAACCACACCCCACCUCUCCAAGCCAGCGGCAGACUUCACCCACGCAGUAAUAGGCGGCGGGGUAGUCGGCCUCGCCAUCGCACAAUCCCUCGCCCAGCGCGCCUCCUCCUCCCCCUCUUCCCCUAGUAACAACAACAGCACAACCCUCCUCCUCGAACGCCACGCCGCAAUCGGCACGGAAACCUCCUCGCGCAACAGCGAAGUAAUCCACGCGGGCCUGUACUACGGCGCCAACUCCCUCAAGACCGCCCUCUGCCUGCAGGGCAAAGCCCUGCUCUACAACCUCUGCUCCACCCACCACAUCCCGCACCGGCGCACGGGCAAGUGGAUCGUCGCGCAGACCGACGGCCAGCGCGCGGCGCUGCAGCGCCUGCACGACUUCUGCACCACCGAGCUGCACGUGCCCGUGCGCUGGGUCGGGCGCGAGGAGGCGGCGCGGAGGGAGCCCGCCGUGCGCGCCGAGCGGGGGGUGUUGGAGAGCCCGACGACGGGGAUCGUGGAUAGCCAUGCGUUGAUGCUGUGCUUGCUGGGGCAGUUUGAGGAUUCCGGUGGGACGCUGGCGCUGGGGAGUGCGGUGGAGGGGGUGGUGCCGCUGGGUGGGGAUGGGAGUGGCGGGUGGGAGUUGACGGUGAGGGAUGUGGCUUCCGGGGAGGUGUCCAGGGUGACGGCGGAGACGAUUGUUAACUCGGCUGGGCUGGGGGCGGUGGCGGUGAAUAAUAUGAUUGUGCCGCCCGAGAAGCGGAGGGAGAUGUUUUAUGCCAAGGGGAAUUACUUCUCGUACGGGGCGUCGAGUCCCAGCGUGAGCACGCUGGUGUAUCCCGCGCCGGAGCCGGGCCAUGCGGGGCUAGGGACGCAUUUGACGCUGGACUUGGGAGGGCGGAUCAAGUUUGGGCCGGAUGUUGAGUGGGUUGAUUCGCCCGAUGACUUGGCCGUGAACGAGUCGCGUUUGGCGCAGACGGUGGCGGAGGUGAAGAAGUAUCUCCCGGGGCUGGACGAGACGCAACUGCAGCCCGACUACGCGGGGAUAAGGCCGAAGCUGGGGAAGCAGGGCGCUGUAGCACAGGGGAAGGGGUUCGUGGAUUUUGUGAUCCAGAAGGAGGAGGGUUAUCAGGGGUGGAUCAACCUCCUGAACAUCGAGAGCCCCGGGCUCACGAGCUGCCUGGCCAUAGCAGAAAGGGUGAGAAAACUUUUGUAUACAUGA